UCUUCUGUUGAUUGAAAUUUCAUUGUGCUUGAAUUCUCUAACAAGGGUUACAUAUAGUCAUUUUCAGAGAUAAGAAAGAAAACCGUUCAAUAUGUCUAGAACAGGUUCAGGGCUUUCCUGCAAGUUGCGAAGCAUUCUUGAAACAAUUCACCGUGACAAGCCUUGCUCCGGCUAUAUAUCUCACGGACACCGGCCGGUUUUUUCUGUAAAUAAGCUUGGAAAUGGUUAUGGAAUGAACGAAGGGUCAAAGUUUUUCAGCACCAAUAGCAAAACGUGGAAAAAACAUGAUGCUAAUACGGUCAAUCAAGAAAAGAGCAAGGUUCAACCACCUGCACCAACCCCUCCAAAGUUCAACCUCCCUUCUUGGGCAAAAUGGAUUUUGGGCUCUAGCUUUGCUUUCUCGCUACCAUUGUGGAACUGGAAGCAGGAUUGGAGGAAACUACAAUGGAUUGAAGGAGAGGCAGAAAUAGUGGCUACAGAGGUUGAAAUUGUAGCGGAGGUAGUAGAAAAGGUGGGCACUGUGGCAGAGAAGGUAUCAGCAAAAGCUGCAGAUAAGCUUCCUGAAAAUGGUAAUCUGAAGAAAGCAGAUUUGUUGGUUGAACGUAUUUCAAAAGAGGUUGUCCACGAUGCCCAAUUAACAGAAGAUUUUAUCCACAAGGCGGAUACAUUGAAGGAAGACGUGGAGACUCUGGUUGAACCUGUUAUUGAUCAUAUUGCGAAGCAAGAAUGCAAAGCGAAGUAAUGUUAGAAUUUGUGAACACUCUGGAAAACUUCAUGUUACCUUGUAAUGUAUAUGUGACACUCCCAAACAAAGAAAAGCACCAUAAUGUAAAUAAAAACUAAUAGAGGAUUUAACGUAUUUUGAA